AUGCUCUACCUGACCACCUUACGAGCCGUCUGCCAUCUCCAUAUCGGCCAGGCUGGUACCCAGCUCGGUAACAGUGCUUGGGAAUUGUACCUCCUCGAGCACGGUUUGAAGGCCGACGGUCGUCUCGACCCCGAGACCGCCGAUACCUGCGAGCCAGGCUCCUUCGACACUUUCUUCACCGAGACCAGAGACAACAAAUAUGUCCCUCGCUCUAUCUUCGUCGAUCUCGACCCAUCUCCAAUUGAUGAGAUCCGAACUGGUUCUUACCGUCAGCUCUUCCACCCUGAGAUGUUGAUCAGCGGAAAGGAGGAUGCUGCUAACAACUACGCCCGUGGUCACUACACCAUUGGAAAGGAGCUUGUCGACAAUGUCAUUGACCGCAUCCGUCGUGUUGCUGACAACUGCUCUGCUCUCCAAGGUUUCUUGAUCUUCCACUCCUUCGGUGGUGGUACCGGUUCCGGUUUCGGUGCUCUCCUCCUCGAGCGUCUCUCCACCGACUACGGAAAGAAGUCCAAGCUCGAAUUUGCUGUUCACGACCUCACCUUCCAAUGCUUUGAGCCACACAACCAGAUGGUCGUCUGUGACCCAAGCAACGGAAAGUACAUGGCCGUCGCCCUUUUGUACCGUGGUGACGUCGUUCCACGCGACUGCUCUGUUGCCAUUGCCUCUCUCAAGGCCAAGACCUCCUUCAACCUCGUUGAAUGGUGCCCAACUGGUUUCAAGCUCGGCAUCAACUACCAGAAGCCAAUGCGUGUUCCAGGUGGUGAGCUCGCCCCCGUCGACCGCUCCGUCAGCAUGUUGUCCAACACCACCGCCAUCGCCGAGGCCUGGAACCGUCUCGACCACAAGUUCGACCUCAUGUACUCCAAGCGUGCCUUCGUCCACUGGUACGUCGGUGAGGGUAUGGAGGAAGGUGAAUUUUCCGAGGCUCGUGAGGAUCUCGCUGCUUUGGAGAAGGAUUAUGAGGAAGUUGCCAGCGACACCUUGGACACUGAAGGUGACGAGGGUGCCGAGUACUAG